UUUAGGUUGGCAAUUUCACCUGUUGCAAGAGCGGGAAAUAUUAUUAAACAUCAGAAAGGAAGAGAUUGAUAUUUAUCUUGGCGUUGUUGUUUGUAGAUCUUAUUAUUUAUCUGUCAAGUUGAGAUGAGCGCAAAACUGAGCAGUUUACUCAGCCAAAAAGACCGGACACAGCUGCAGGAAUUCGUGCGGGAAACGUCAACUGAGGAGCUCACGAAGAUAAUAUCGAACGGAAUUUGCAAUGCGGACAUUUCCCGAAUACUGGACGAGGUUCUGCAGAUAUGCUCAGAGUCUGAGAGUUUAUAUGCCAAGAGAGUCAAACUGGUAGAGUCCACCCUGAGAGCCUUGGGCAAAGCAAAGGUUUCGAUCAGUCACGCAAACGAGAUCAUAAAUCGGAUAGCAGUGGACUUUCCCAUGUAUCCAAAGCUGCACCUGGUCAAAUUGGUAGAAUUCUGUCUUGCUAGUAUUCGCAGCAAUGACGACGAGUUCAGAAGUUGGAAGGAAUUGUUGCCCGUCCUGUUGGAAGUGUUGGAAGAAGAGAAAUAUAUUAAUCAUAUGAAUGGCGAGGUUUCUGGCUCCAAAUACAAGUCUAUUAUUAUUAAUAAUAUAUGCAAUAGUGAUUGGGAUUCACAGAUAAUGCCAUCAUUGGCAAGAAUGUUCAGGGACAUUUCCUUGGAAAAAGAAGAUCAUUCUCUGGUAAUCACAGUACUCUGCACAAGGUUACAAGAUAUACCUCUUGACGAAGUGCCUCCUUUUGUGUAUCAGGCAUUGAGAUUAUCUACUAAUCAGGACAGUAAAUAUCUUCUGGAAGCUUUACGGAAGUAUUUCUCGUUACGUUACUCGCAAACUGAUACAGAUGUAGAUACUUUUGAAACUAUAGAUGUGAUAAAUCCUAAGGAAAUUCAAGACAUUGAAAGUACAGUAUUAUAUCAUAUAUCUCAAGCGGCAGAAUUGAAUCAUCAACAUGUAAGGGAUUACAUAAAGUAUUUCAGAAGCGUGUCACACGUCCCUGAAGUUACAUUAGAGCCUUUUAUGCUCUCUGUGUUACUCACAGUCGUUUCUAUCGAUGAAAUACAGAUUCUCGAAAUGCUACGAGCGAUCAUUAAUAAACGAAACGAAUAUGAUAUUAAGCAAAAGAAUAGCGCGUGGUUAAGAAAAUUGAUUCCCAACUCUUGUACCAUAAUGACUGUGAUGGGAAAUGUUAUUGAAGCAAGUAACAGAGAUCGCCAUUUAGUAUUGAAAGGGCUCGUGGAUCUCGCAUUUAUUCUUAUGGCUGCAGAAAAUAAGACAAAAACAGGUGCACAUCCUUUAUGGCAAAUCGGUACAAAGGUACUUCAAAAGAUUAUGAGAAAGCAUCACGAGACGGUUGCGACUAUAUUUCAAAUGUUGAUUGAUAAAAUAAUUAUUGGUGGAUCAUGUAUUUCUCAAUAUACCGAUUGUUUAGCAUAUAUGUGCCGCAAGUUAACCGUUCUAGUAUUGGACCAUCAAGACUCUAUAAUAAUGCUUUUUGAUCAAAUUUUAUCUAUACCCGGAAAUGUUGCCAUUUUUAUUGUUUCGGCAAUAUUUCCAUUGAUACAAGUAUCAGUUAGCUUAAGAGAGCAUGUGAUCUUAACGUUAAGAAAGGCUCUCUACAGAAAGGGUAUGUUUAAUCGACAAAUGGCAGUCAGUGGAAUUUUAGAGAUGUUGAAGAAUCUAAAAAUGCAUGUUAUGAGUGGCCUCGCGAUGAGCUCGAGUCAAUGCAUCAAUUCAUCAACUGGCGCGAGUUCUACGUCUAUUUUGACUCAGGUGACAUUAGAGAGAGGUACUCAAGCAGGAUCUACCUCGAGAUACAAUAGAAGUUUAUGUUACGAUAUAUUGGGUAUUUUAAGAAGAUGUUUCACUCAUGAGUGUGAAGUUCGAUUACACUUGUACAACGGUUUAUAUGAAGCUGUAUUGAAAAAUACCGUGAUAGCGGAGUACAUAUUGGAGAUGUUACUGCCACAUUUCAAAACUUUUUUCGAACCCGAUGAAAACGUCGUGGUGCCUGUUAAACUGGAUUUAUGUACAACUGUACAAGGGGACCAAGUUGUAUUGCAGGAACCUUUGGCGGAACUGAUACUGAUACUGCAAAAGAUUUAUAUCAAGUCAGCUCUUACGAAAUCAUCCUUGGUAGAUGAAUUGGCUAUAAUUUUGGAGUCUCUUUGUAGACGGAUGCCACGGCUUGAAACGGAACAUCUUAAUCUAGAUGAUAAACUUGAUUUAAACAACUCUAACAUCAAGGCUCAAGAAAAAUUGCAGAGUGUUUUAUUAACGAUAAAAAUUUAUGAGGCUCUCAUGUCCUUCAGAAUCAGCGCCUGGUCCGUAAACUGUACAGAUACUGCACAAAGCGUUAAAAAUCUGUUCAAAGGAUAUAUGAGAUUAGUUGACUAUACAAAGCAUAUACCAAAGGCUAAGAAGGGAGAAGGAAAAAAUAAAAAGACGCAAAAUGACCCAAAUAAUAUGACUGUAAAAAAAACUGGUCGGCCAGGAAAUAUAAAAUUGUCGCCCAGCAUCAUGGAUUUAUCUGCAGUGCACAAAAGCCUGUCGCUCUUCUACUUAAAAUCCGUCUCCUGGGCAACUGCCGACCAAGUAGCCGUGUUAAUAGAUUACCACGAAUUCUAUCAUUACGUCUUGCGAGCGUUGUUGCAAAUCUUGCAGAACGUGAAAUUGUUAACAGAGUACAAUUUACGGAAAUAUAAGGAACAAUAUAUGAAAACUUACUUCGAAAUUGGAAAAUUAUUGUUUGAUCACGUUGUGCUGAAUUUAAACAAAAUUCUCGAUACGGACGAGCAAGGCACUAUAUUGGCAUUGGAAUGUUUCAAAGAUUUGUGUUGUUUAAUGUGCACCUGCUUCUCCUCCGAAUUACGGCGCUUUCUCAACACUAUUGUUCCUAAUAAAUCAACCCAAGUUGAAAAUUUUAAUGGACAAUUAGAAAACAUGAUUGCCGCUUUACGCACCAGUUUCAGAUCAUUCUUCAGCAAGAAGGAAGAACAUGAGGAAAAUUCCAGCCAAAUACUCCGUAUACUAUUGGAUAUAAUAUACCAACUGACACAAGAGAUCAAUUUUUAUGAAACAAAUGGGGACGAAGUAUUUGAUUCGAUGAUGAAAUUCACACAAUUGGAAAAUAUGGAUUCUCAAGCUUCUUUAAUUGUUUUCCAAAUUCUGUUGUGGAUAGAGGAGCGUAAUAAGGAAUAUGGGGAAUUAUUGAUCGAUAUUACUCUUGCAUUGUGCGAGAAAAUAGGUAGUAUUGACAAGGCUGAAGCAUCGGAGGAUAAUAAUAAAUUCAAAAUUAUCCAUGAAGAUACCGCGGAUAAACUUUACAGUUUGGUAAAUAAUUCGAUAAAAGAGAAAUUAGACAAUGUGUCUUGGUUAUUGGUGCGGCUUAAGGCCGAACAAAAUAUUGUUCGCUCGCCUGGCACGGACCUCGAAGAACAUCAGGAAAAAGUGAGAACGCAAGAACGUAGUUUGUGCAGACAGCUUUCACACAUCAUACAAAUACUUUAUACUUUAGCAAAUGUUGCUAUUAAACCAGGACAGUCCACAGACAUUAUGUUCAAAAAUUUACAAGUUUUGUACAAUCUACUUAGCACUCUUACGAAAUAUUUCAAUGGAAAAUCCAGUAAACAAAAUGCAGCGUUUCAUUCAGUGAAAUUUAUUCAAGUGAUUCAAUCAGCUGGAAAACCAUUAAAGUCUGCGUUUUAUAAUCUAAUAACGCAUGUUGAGGAAAAUCAAAAUGUAUCAAGGCCGAAAGCUGAUUCACAUGUGCAAAGGAACAAGAUUUUGAAGGAGACCAAAGCUAUACCUAAUGUGGUAUAUGAAAUUGAACACUUUCACAAUGAAGUUUUAGCACUUGAUAAGAAGACUGGCGUUCCACUUGAAACUUACAUAAAGCAUAGCAUAACGCGUGACUUCCGUAUAAAAAACACUCAAUUACAGGACGCACUAGACAAAUUGGACGCAAGUAUGCUAGAUUCACAGAAUUCUCGUCGCAACGAUGUGUCUAAUUCGGAUAUAAAUGUGUCUAUCGAAUCAACGGCAGAAACACCACCAUCUUCGAAACGAUCUAGGAAAAACGAUUCGUCUUUAAAAUCGCCUACGGAAUCCCCACCUUCAAAACGAUCACGAAGAUCGUCAGAAUCUUGAAGCCUAAGUGCCUUAAGAUAAGUCUACUUACAUUCCUCGUUUAUUUUUCUAUACUGGUUUUUUUACAAAUUUAGUUAAUUAUAUAUUGUAAAAAAAAUUAUCAAGAACACGCUUAUUAAUAAUAAAUAUUCUGUUGUGUCCACAAUGUUGUGUUAAACUAUUAAAGUAUAAACGCGUUAAUUAUCUCAUUAAUUAUAAAAUUAUCUUGCUAUUUAUAUACUUCUACCUUGUCUACGAUGCUGUGUUCUUAAUUUUUCGAAAACAUAAAUCACGGAAAAAACCAAAUCUUUUUUCGGAACGAAAACGACGGAAAAAACUGAGAUACGGAUGUUCUUAAUUUUCUAGAAAAAUUUGAUUUUUAUUUUUAUUUAUUUAUUUAUUAUUAUUAUUAUUAUUUUUUU